AUGAGAGCGUUGACGUCUCUCGAGUGCAGCACGUCGUCGGUUUGUUCUCCUGACGGAUACUCGCAACGUUCUUUGAGCGCUCUUUUAAUCGCUUUGGCAUCGUUUACGUCGUCGUCGUCGUCGCGUUGUUUUCGUUCUCAUUCGACGAAUCAUCAUCUCAUUCGUCGUCGGUCGUUGUCCUCUGUUCGGUUUGUUGCAAAAGCGUCGUCGUCGGCUGGAAAUAAUAAUAACAACAACUGCGACGACGAGAGCAACGAGCGAGAGAAAAUUCAGUUUGAGUAUUCCGAGAACACGGACCCAGUCGUGAACGAGAAUUUUAUCGCGCCUAAUUUUGGAUAUAAGCGACAGUAUAAAGUUGGUCACGAUAUACUCAACACGGGCGAACCGUUAGCGGCUUCCGUAACCACCAUAACCUCCGCGGCGACGUCGUCGUUUGCCAACGCCAUCUAUCGAUUGGAAGUGACGACGGGCGCGUGCAGAGGUGCUGGGACUUCCGGGAGAGUGAACGUGAUUUUGAUCGGCCAAGAUGGACUUACGUAUCCGUUUGAUUUAGAGUACACGGCGGGAGAUGCGCCUGGAUUCGCGCGAGGGUCGACGUUGCCGUUUCGGGUGGCUGUGGCGGCGCAUUUAGGACCGAUUCGGAGGGCGAGGGUGAGAUUGUUGCCAGAUAGCACGUCCACUGGGAGAGGGUGGUUUUUAGAAGAUAUCGGUGUCAAAUGCGAGAAAACGAACGAGUCUUAUAAGUUUACCUGUCGAGACUGGUUUGGACCGUCCGAUGCGGACGAUACGGUGUCGCCGUAUAAUCGAGAUUUGGAAGUGACGACGGUAAAGAAUGACUUUGAAGUCGCGUUAGAAAGAGAACAGAGGAUGAAAGUGAGAAGAGAAAAGGGCGAUUUCGUCUUUGACGUCGGAGCGGCGACGAUUCCUCACCAAGAUAAGAUUAAAGAAGGUGCGAGGGCAAAAAUGUCGAAAUCGUUCGGGUACGGCGGAGAGGACGCGUAUUUCGUCGAGACAAAGAACGAUGAUUUAGAAAGCAGCAACGAGUUGUCAUUAGGCGUCGCAGAUGGCGUGUACAUGUGGCGAUGGGAAGGCGUGGAUGCUGGUUUAUAUUCCAGGGCGCUAUUGAGAGAAGCUGCGAAGAUAUUUUUGAGCGGUUCAAAAGUUGCAGAUGGAUCAAAGUCGACGGAGGCGUUGUCAGAUAAGGCCGCUUCAUCGUCUUCUUCAGAAGCUUCAAAGUCUACCACCCAUCCAUUGUUUAUGCUUGAACGAGCGUUCCAAGUUGUCGCAGAAAAGAACGUGAAAGGGUCCACGACGUGCGUACUACUCACAUUAGACCCGCGAUUGGGCGUGUUGAAUGCGGCAAACAUUGGCGACAGCGGCUAUCUGGUUGCCAGAUUGAAUCCAGACGCUUCUUCUUCGUCGUCGUCGUCAUCAUCAUCAUUAUCUACUAGCAACACCGCUCCGUACUUGUUGAGCAAAGAUGAAAGCAAUGAUGAUGGAAAGCCGCAAAGGUUUAUCGCGUAUCGUUCUCCUCCUCAAGAACACGAUUUCGGUCGCCCGUUUCAACUCGGUCAUCAUGAGGCUACCGAUAAGCCGUCGGACGCGAUGUUGUCCACCUUCUUCUUAGAAAACGACGACGUGAUUGUCGUCGGCACAGAUGGACUGUGGGAUAAUGUCUCUGAAAAAGAGAUACUUGCGGUUAUCGAAAACCGCAUAAAAUCUAGCUCCGCAUCAUCAUCAUCAUCAUCAUCAUCAUCAUCAUCAUCAUCAUCAUCAUCAUCAUCUCUCGGUUCGAAUCAAGCGUUCUUGAAUAAGAAAGAAGUCGACGCGUGCGCCAAGGAGUUGACCCAAAAAGCUUUUGAACACGCGAACGAUCGAUCGAGAACGACGCCGUACAGUUUAGCGGCUACGGAAUAUUUCGAUAUGGUAUAUAACGGCGGUAAGAAAGACGAUAUUACCGUUUUAGUGUGUAAGAUUAAAAAUCGAUACCAGUGA